AUGCUCUCCAGCACAGGCGGCUACGCGAAACGGUCGCGGGUUCUUGGACGCCGCCGCGAUGACACCACGUUGUGCUCAACGUUGUGCCCGGCGCUGCGGACGCAUGGCUUCUGCCGCGGUUACGUGCAGGAGACCUCGCUUCGCGCCAGAGUUGCCGCGGAAAAGGAGGAAGAACUUCUUCGCAGCGCCACGGAGCUGUUUAGGCUGCAGGAGGAGGUGCUGCAGGACGGAGCGGUGACAGACGAGCGCCAACGCACCGCCGCCAUUGACAACAUUGUGGCCGAACUGAAACGAGAGAAGUCGUAUGAGAACUGGAGCCUUGACGUCGCGGUGGCGGAGCGCAUGGCAUCGCUGCGGCUGCGGCGCUGCCCUUACUCCCACAGGCGCGAGAUGCAGGCAGAGCUCCGGCAGUUAACGCGAAGAGAGAGCGUGAGACCAAGCGAGACAACAGCGCAGGGAGUGCAGGUGAAGCAACCGCAAAAAAAGUGUCUCUCAACCCAACGGCAGCGUGUCUUCGGCAGCCUCUCGCCGCUGCAGAAAUGUGUGGUGUGUUUGCUGUGGCAGGGCUGCUUUGAGGUGCCUUUGAAAGUUGUGUGUGAUUUGCGGCGUCGCCUGGAGGCGGAGAUGCAAAUGGCGGAGGGCGGUGAUGUGGACGACGCCGAUGUGGAGACGGAGGAGCAGCGGGUGGUCACUGUCACCGCUUGCUACCCAUCGCUCGGCGUGGUGGACCUAUCCUCCCUCCCCCACAUCGUCGCGUACGUGUCGCAGCACCCAGACGCCGCUGUCAUCCGUCCCGAGACGGCAGCGCACUUCACGGGCGGCAACGUACUGCGGCUACCACGCGGUGUGACGGAGAAGCAGAUUGACCUGAGCUCCCCGGCCUGUGCGCACGAGUUGGUGGAGGCCAUCGUGUGGAGCCUCCACGUGAUGAAUGACGAGGCCACGCAGCUGCAACAGCAGAAACCAGUGAUGCUGCGUUCGCUCACCGUGCGUCGUUGCGCCAUGACCUCCGCUGACGCCCUUGUUAACGCCCUGCGGAAGCACCAGAUGGACUCCACCCUGCUUGCUCUUAACAUGAGUGAAAAUCGACUGAUGAGCCUGCGUUUCCUCUUUGUACUCCGGGCACAUUUUUCAAGUCGUCUGCUGCGUCUCUCGCUCGCGGACAACCCCAUCACACGCAAGCCGGAGUACCGGGAGCAGGUGCGCAAGUCGCUACCCAGGCUUACCAGCCUCGACGGCAGAGCAAUUCGUCGUCCACCGCUGUCAAUGCCGCACCCAACGGCGGUGUCAUACACGUUCUGCACCGCCGCGCAAGGCACAGAGAGCCGCCGGGUGAUUGCCAGUGAGGAGGUGGAUGCAGUGGUGGACGGGCUGGCGCGGUUCUUGUACGUGUGGGAGACCCGCCGUGUGCCGUGGACCGUGGCAGAACUGCAGUAUCAACGACAACAGCGGCGUCGCUGUCAUUCCUCUGCUGAGGAAGGUCAAGUAGAUGAGGACGCGGGUCCUGAACUCCACGAGGAGGAGCUGAACGACGAUAACUUUCACCACCGCUACUUACACCCCUCGGCGACCUUCUCCAUGACGCUUCAUGAGGACCUCGCCUUCUUUGACGCCAGCACGAUGCGACUCGCCACGGAGGUGGAACUGGACGACGCGUAUGCAGGAAUGCGCCUUUCCCCACUGGAUGUGCGGGAACUCGGGGUGUUCGAUGUGGCCAUGAAAAACAACAGUCGCAACUUGUUAAUAGGGCGCUCCGUGCUGCACCGCUUCGCCCGUGGCUCACUGAACUGCUACGCGGCGUACAACUACAGCCUGUACCCGCAACGGUUGGGGGUGUGCCACCACUUCAGCGGUGCGGUGGUGUCUGUGUCGAAGAUCACCGACACCACCGCACCAGCGGUCUCGGAGGCCGGAGGAGGAGGGGGCGAGAGGCGUCAGCAACCGCAGCCGCGUCGGAAGAAGCGACGUUGGGAGGCAGUGUCACCCCCUCAUUCUUCUUUGUCUCCUUCAGCAGCGACCACAGCGGCUGCCGCGUCCAUUUUCUCCGUCAACACCCCUCUGCGAAAGCCGACCUUUUACAUUGUGACGAUGCACGGCGUGAUGUCCUGGCGAGCGCCAAGCAUGAAGCGCUCGGAGUGUGUUCUCGCCGCGUAUGAUCGGGUGAUGACGUUUGUUGAGAACGCCCUGCCGCCAACGAACCCGGUCGAGAAGCGGCGGAGUGCGCCACUGCUGGUCUUCAACGACCAGGUGCAUCUCCGCCCCGUCACGAACGGCCGCUCGGCGUGGUUUGUGGCGCAAACGGAGGAUCAUGUGGCGCGGCUUGUCGUUGAGUACGGCCUUGAGGCCUGUGCAGACGGUGCGGCUCUUGUCCGCGCGGUGGUGGAGCGUGCAAGCAGCGAUGCCGCCGCCAGUGCCGCCCUGCGCCUGCUGGUGUUUGGCUGGGACUCUUCAGGUGCCGAGGGGGAAGUCAGAGAGGAGGGUGCAGAAGCGCUGCCGGCGAACCACGACGGCGUUGACGUACACAUCGACGACGACGCGCCUGCGUCGCACCACUUCGACAUUUGUUCCCUCAUCUCCGCGGAGAGGCCGUCCACCGGGCAGGACGAGGCCGAGGCGAUGGCGGAGGACGCCCCCCACCGUGUGACGCUUGCGCAGGUGGAGGCGGCGGUGGCCGCGAUGAACAGGCGACACACCGCCGCCUUCAUCCGACACGCUCCGCACGGUGAAUGGGGGGGGGAAGCGAACGACCCUCUUGGCGAGGCCCCCAAGGCAACAUAA